AUGCCUUUUGAUUCUUUUAACAUUCACUCAAAUUCUCGUUCGUCUUCAUCACAACAAUCACAACAGAAUGCGUUACCUGGAGGUACUACCACAGGAGGUAUAUUACAAGCUGCUGCAAAUCUAGGUAGUUUUGGCAUGCCAUUAUUGAGUUCUGGCAGUUCUGGCACAGGUCAAUCCGCACCACCACCACCAACAACAUAUGGUCUACCACAUUCAAAUUCUUCCAUGACGACCACCACCACCAACAACACCCUAAUGAAUCAGUCUCAACAAUACGAAACACCAAGGCGAACUCGCCACACGGACGAGCUGCACUCAAGUAUGUCUGCGCAACGCGGUCCUUUAUCUCCAAGAGAUUAUGGAGCAAGCGGUCCACGUAUAGCCUUGGAGCAAGCCACUCCCGAUACAUCCCAAUAUCAAAGUGCAGUACCACUCCCUGGUGCUUUACUGCCAGGAAGACCUGGUGCGGUUUCGACAAAUACAGCGCCUUCAUUGCCCACGAUUUCGCAGGACCAGUACUCCACCCCCUCACGAACCACAGGUCUUUCGCACAAUUAUACUCGAUCUAGCCCAGUGGCAGGAUUCGACAGCCAAGGUUUCGCAACAUUUCAAGCGACCGCGCCGGGGGGUCCCGAGCAGAAUCAAUUCUCCUCGCCGACACAAAAGUAUACACCUCAAAACUCACAAAGAACGGUAUCCAAUACUCCUCUCGGACUUGCAGAUAUUCGACCGCGCGCAGAUUCGACACUUGCUGAAAGUUUACCUGGGGCCAAUCCAUAUUCAUAUGAUGGUACUAGCGCUACGCCUACCAAUAGUAACUAUCUCGCGCCGUGGGCUUUAUAUGCAUUCGAUUGGUGUAAAUGGCCAGCGCAAAAUAAUGACGCUGGGAAAGUCGCUAUAGGAAGUUAUCUGGAAGACGGCCACAAUUUUAUUCAAAUUCUAGAUUCGCAAAUUGUCCCCACCCAUUCCGAAUCCUAUGUGCCUGGCGGACCAAAAUAUGGACUCGAGUUUACAAAGAUUGCUGAAGCAACACAUUCAUACCCUGUCACUCGGCUCCUAUGGGAACCACCGUCCUCUCAAAAACAAUCUACAGAUCUGUUGGCCACCUCUGGUGACCAUUUGAGAUUAUGGUCGCUUCCUUCUGAAACUCCAGUUGCGUCGCCGAAUAACACUAUCGGAGGACGCACUUCUAAUAUCGGCCGGGAUCUACCUCCCAGCAAACUCACACCACUUGCCCUACUUUCUAAUUCUAAAACGCCAGAGCAUACUGCUCCUUUGACGUCUUUGGAUUGGAAUACUGUUUCGCCGAGCUUGAUUAUUACUUCAAGCAUAGAUACUACAUGCACCAUAUGGGACAUUCCUACAUUAACAGCCAAGACACAAUUGAUUGCACAUGACAAAGAAGUCUUCGAUGUCAGAUUUUGUGCUAACAGUGUGGAUGUUUUUGUUAGUUGUGGAGCUGAUGGUAGUGUAAGAAUGUUUGACCUUCGAAGUUUAGAGCAUAGUACCAUCAUCUAUGAACCAACUUCAAAGGAUGAUAAAGAUACGAGCCCUGGUGGUGGAAGAAUAAGUCCAACAUUAGCCCAGCAAACUAUGUCAUAUGCGCCUCCUCUACUACGACUUGCAGCAUCACCGCAUGAUACACAUCUUCUUGCUACUUUCUCGCAAGAUUCCAAUGUCAUUCGUAUCCUGGAUGUUCGGCAACCUGGGCAAGCUUUGCUAGAGCUUAAAGGCCAUUCAUCAGCUAUUAAUUGUAUAGAAUGGUCCCCAUCUAGAAGAGGCACCCUUGCUUCUGGCGCCGAUGAUUCGUUGGUCCUUAUCUGGGACCUACUGAGUCAAAAUACUACUCUCCCUGCAGGUCCUAGCAUGAACGGUGCACCGGCCUCGGACAAUUCUAGAGGGCCCGCUGCCAGCUGGCAAUGUGACUACGAAGUGGGAAAUAUUAGCUGGGCACCUCGUAGCAAUUUGAACAACAAUGAGAAUGGCGAUUGGCUCGGGGUCAAUUUUACACGGGAGCGUGACGUUAUCGCAUAUCAAAGCCUGGAGUUCGGUUUCUUGGAGAUGGCAUCUACAAUAUCCGAGUAUUUAUGA